AUGGUGGCAUUGCAAAACGAAAACAUAGAUUUUAUCCCUAAAGAUUCAUCGAAUAAAGAUGACGAUUUCGCAGACUGGGACACGAUCGACCACUCAGAAAGUGCCCAUCUUCAAGGUGCGUCUUCAUCCACUGGAGUUCACAUGGAUAACUUCGGCAAUGCCUAUGAUCACGUUGACUUCGAUUCUAGAAAGUACACCAGACAACGGAAAUUCAAGGGCCAAAAAUUGGUUUAUUUCACAUCAGCGUUUGUGUCUUUGUUCGUGUCCUUAUUUGGAUAUGAGCAGGGUGUCUGCUCAGGAAUUCUCACAUUUGUCACUUUUUUGAAAUACUUCCACAACCCAACGGCAACCGAAAUCGGCUUGGUGAUCUCGAUCCUUGAAAUCGGGGCCAUGGUAUCGUCGCUACUUGUCUCACUGAUUCUGGAAAAUAUUGGCCGCAAGAGAACCAUACUUCUUGGCACCGUUGUAUUUAUAUUUGGCGGCACUCUCCAAACCUUUGCUUCAAGUUUGUGGCUCUUUGGAGUAGGCAGAAUAUUCAGCGGCUUUGGCGUGGGUGUACUAUCCACAGUAGUGCCCCUGUACCAAUGUGAAAUAUCGCCUGUUGAAGAGCGAGGAAAGUUGGUGUGCGGAGAGUUUACCGGAAAUAUUGCUGGGUAUUGUUUAAGUGUUUGGGUAGACUACUUCUGCUACUUUAUCCAGGAUCUAGGCGACGCUCGAACCAACCCAAAGCUGUUUGCAGCAAAUCUUUCCUGGAGAUUACCGUUGUUCAUACAGGUGAUCUUGGCAUUCAUACUUCUCGUGGGUGGAUUUUUUGUUGUCGAAAGUCCGCGCUGGCUUUUAGACGUUGAUGAUGACGAGCGUGGAUUCCACGUGCUUUGUCUCCUCUAUCACGAUGAUCCGGACGCCGGAAAGGCAGAAAAAGAGUUUUUUUUGAUCAAGAACUCCAUUUUGAACGAACGUGUGAAGACGCCCAAAAGAGAACGAUCAUGGAGACAUCUCUUCCGCAAUUACAGACUCCGUAUAUUCAUUGCAUGCUCUGCUUUGGCCUUCGCACAGUUCAACGGCAUUAACAUCAUUUCAUACUACGCUCCCAUGGUGUUUGCGCAGGCUGGGUUCAACAACUCCAAAGCGCUUUUGAUGACAGGAAUCAACGCCUUUAUUUACCUUUUGAGUACCAUUCCACCAUGGUUUUUGGUGGAUAAAUGGGGGAGGAAACCUAUCCUCAUAAGCGGAGGCCUUUCAAUGGGUACUUGCUUGUUGGCAAUCGCAUUUGUGAUGUAUCUCGAUGUGUCGUCCACCCCGCUGCUCGUGGCGUUUUUGGUAAUUGUCUACAAUGCAUCUUUCGGGUUUAGCUGGGGCCCCAUAGGCUUCCUCUUACCCCCAGAGGUGUAUCCCUUAGCGGUGAGGUCAAAAGGUGUAUCCCUUUCAACAGCCUCGAAUUGGCUCGCCAACUACGUGGUGGGGCAGCUCACGCCCAUACUACAAGAGAGAAUUGGCUGGAUCAUGUACUUAUUUCCGGCGACGAGCUGCAUCAUGUCUGUUGUCACUGUCAUCACGGUGUAUCCCGAAACAAAAGGAGUGGAGCUAGAAGAUAUCGAUAAAUUAUUUGAGGACCACAAAGGCAGUUACCCAGCUACAAGCUACAGCCAGCUUGCUGCACAGGGAACAGAGCUAGAUGAGUUUGACUACGAACUAGGCACAAUCCCAAGAUAG